AUGUCUACCACCGUAACUUCGACCAACAACACGCCAAAAACGAUACGUCUGACAAAUGGCAAAGACUUCACUUUCGUCUCCAAUGCCGCAACAACGGAGGAAUCGAUCCCCAUCAUCGACGUAUCGCGCAUGCAUAGUCCCGAUAUAGCGGACCGUCAGGCUCUUGCUGAAGAAAUACGAGAAGCUGCUCAUAGCAUUGGUUUCUUCUGCAUGACGAAUCAUGGUAUAGAUAUGAACUUGGCAUCGAAUGUGAUGGAGCAAGCUAGAGAGUUCUUCGCACUCCCAGAGGAAAAGAAAAUGGAAGUCAGUUCGGAGCUCAUUCCAGAUGAGUAUUGCGGAUACCAUGGGAUGUAUCGAUACAACCCAAACGGUUGGAAAUAUAGAGACUUGUAUGAGGCGUUCAACUGGAACUACAAUCCAGCCAAGGAUCCCGAAUACCCAGACCCUUCCACGCCACAGAUCAACCUGUGGCCCAAGGAUAUGCCAGAAUUCGAGGAAAAGCUCGGCGCCUACCAGACCGAGAUGAUCAGGUUUGCACGUCGUCUAACUCGCAUAUUUGCCUUAGCGCUUCACGUCUCUGAGGACUUUUAUGAUGAGCAUAUAAAGCGGCCAGAGGCCGGACUGCGAAUCCUUCAUUAUCCACAGCAAGAAGCAUGUCGAGACGAACAAAACGGUAUUGGAGCACAUACUGAUGUUGAGUUUUUUACCAUCAUCACCUCGGAUGCUGAGGGCCUCGAAGUACUAAGUAAAUCCGGACGUUGGAUCAAAGUCAAGCCUAUUCCAGGCUGCUUCGUGGUGAAUAUCGCCGAUUGCUUCAUGCGGCAGACGAAUGACUUCUUUGUGAGCACAGUUCAUCGGGUCAUCAACGAAAGUGAUAGAGAGAGAUACUCGCUGCCUUUCUUCUGGGGCAUAGAUCGGAAGACUCUCUUGAAUCCUAUCCCAACGUGUGUCAGCGAUGAUAACCCAAAUAAGUAUCCAGUCGUGACAGCUGGAGAGUAUUAUCUGUGGCGCACUAGAAAACAAAAGUGGUCCUGGAAGGUUGGUGAGAAUGGGGAUGAAGCGGCCAAAUAG